UCAACAAUCUUCUUUCUGUCAUUCUUUAUAACUCAGUUUUUUUUCCUCUAUUUUUUUUUACUCUACUUGAUUUACACAACCCCCACGGUCGUUUUUCACGUUGUGAUGACUUGUUUACGGAUUCUUUUUUAAUAUGUACUGCGCAACCCUUGAGUGAGUGGUGUGUGACAAUACAUUAUAAAAAAUGAUUGCUUUCAACGGAAAAGUGAUAUUUUAACAGCAAGGAGUGUCGGUCAACAAGAGGGUGAAUUUAAAAUUUUUUUUGUCAAUCUUCCCAAAAAGGGUUUAAAAAACAUUUUAAUGUUUUUUUGGCCUUAUAUCUCUGGAGAACGUAAAACAAGUGGGCUGUCAUGGCCAGCGGCAACUCAUCCCAAUUAUUUGAACAUAAAUAAUAAUAAUAAUAAUAGUAAUAAUGACAAAGAAGAACUUUUGAAGACGGUAAAGUCCAAGUUAGAGCCUUGCGGUGAUAAUAUGAUAUUACGAAGAUCGUCGUCAUCGGGACAAGAAACAGCGACAAAGAAUAAACCAGUAAGACAUCGAUCCUCUUAUUGGCAACGUAAUAGCAAAGGUUUACUUUGUGCACUUGGUCAAUUUGGUUGUGGUAAUUCACACUACAGUCCAGAUACUAUUGGAACGUGGAAGUAUCAUCGUAUUACACGCCCUAGCCAUGAGGGAAUGAGCGCUGGAGGUGAUGGAGCUGGAGGUAUCCAGAGUGGAAGUGGUGGUAGAAGUACGCCACCACAUGGCUCACCAACACCAAUGGAUAAAGCCACCUUGAAAGUUCAUUUACCAAAUGGUGGUUUUAAUGUCGUUAAAUUUGGAGAUGCAAUUGACGUAAAAGGAAUAAUAUCGUUAGUAACAAGUCGUUUAGCCGUUGGUAAUAGACAUUACAAAAGUUUAUACGCAAUGAGACUUCAUCAUCCUGGGUCUGGUGAGAGUUAUUGGUUGCACCAAGACACUACAAUGUAUCAAGUUCAAGAGAAAUAUGAGCGUAAACAUCCACAUUCCGAGUGGAGGUACGAGCUACGCGUGCGUUAUUUACCACAAAAUUUAAAUGAUUUAUAUGAAAAAGAUAAAGUUACAUUCUAUUACUACUACGAUCAGGUGAGAAAUGAUUAUCUUAAUGCAAAUCAUUCGACGUUAGAUCAAGAUGUUGCCGUCCAGCUCUGUUGCCUAGAGAUACGUUAUUUCUUCAAAGAUAUGCCGCAAGUAGCACUUGACAAGAAGAGUAACCUGGAGUACCUGGAGAGAGAGGUCGGAUUGCAUAAAUUCCUUCCACGCUCUGUGUUAAACGGUGUGAAACCAAAAACAUUGCGAAAGCUCAUUCAGCAACACUUUAAGAAGGUCGCUGCUCUCACUGAGCUCGAGUGCAUGUUCAAAUUCUUUGAUCUUCUACGUUCACACUACAGAUUUGAUCAGGAGAGAUUCAUUUGUGCAUUGGGGUCAAGCUGGUCGAUACCCGUUGAACUAGUUAUCGGUCCGGAUCUCGGGAUUUCUUAUAUGGCACAUCGAGGCGGAACAGUGCCAACGAGAAUGGCUGAGUUUUCUCAAAUACAAUCGAUCCAGACGCUUGUAUCAGAUUGCAAAGAGCAUGCUAAGGCUUGUAUAAAACUACGUGUCGCUGGUGCAUCCGAAACACUGAGUAUAACAUGUUCGAGUUUAGAUCAAGCGGAAAGUCUUGCGGAUUUGAUUGACGGUUAUUGUCGCGUUGCUACGGGAUCCAAUACCUCGCUGUGGAAUAGAAAAGCUGCUUCUUGGAAAAAUUAUCCUUGCCCCUGCAAAGAUGCUCAUCCACCAAAGUACCGACAAGAAGGUAAUGGAAGCCCUGAAAAAAACGCUGGUAAAACUGGCACUAUUUUAUCUGAAGAUUACGCUGAAAUUGUUGAUGAAGAGGGCGAUUAUUCAACACCUGCUGCUCGUGACUAUGAAAUCGUGAGGAAUCAAGUGGAACUCGGUGAAAUAAUAGGUGAAGGGCAGUUCGGUAACGUUCAUAAAGGUUCAUACAAAGGUAGAGAUGGUCACACGGUCGCUGUUGCUGUUAAAACCUGCAAAGUUGACGCUGAUCUUGCUACGGCGGAAAAGUUUUUAGAGGAAGCUUAUAUAAUGCAGCAGUUUGAGCAUCCGUAUAUUAUAAGGCUGAUCGGUGUAUGCUCUGAGGCGCCAAUUUGGCUGGUAAUGGAGCUGGCGAGGUUGGGUGAAAUGCGCGCAUACUUACAAAAUAACAAACACCGGCUCGAUCUUGCGACACUUUUACUCUACACCUUUCAAUUGAGCACAGCGCUUUCCUAUCUCGAGAGUAAAAAAUUUGUUCACCGAGAUAUCGCUGCGCGUAAUGUUCUUGUAUCCUCGCAUUCCUGCGUUAAACUUGCGGAUUUCGGACUCAGUAGGUGGGUCGAAGACCAGAGUUACUACAUCGCUAGCAAAUGUAAAUUACCGAUUAAAUGGAUGGCACCUGAGAGUAUUAAUUUCCGACGAUUUACAACAUCAUCUGACGUAUGGAUGUUUGGUGUUUGCAUGUGGGAAAUAUUGAUGCUGGGAGUAAAACCAUUCCAAGGAGUUAAAAAUAAUGAAGUGAUUCGUAAACUCGAGAAUGGAGAACGUCUAGCACUUCCUGAUCGCUGUCCUCCGCGUUUGUAUUCACUGAUGUCACAAUGCUGGAGCUACGAGCCGAGUAAACGGCCGACAUUCAAGGACAUCAGAGAGAAUUUACAUGAAAUUUUAUUGGAAGAACGACAUCAGCAGCAGGAAACGAUGAAACGUGAAAACCGUCGAGUGCAAGCAAUGUCAUGGGGAGCAGACGAAGUGCCGCCACCAAAGCCGUCUCGUCAGCCGCAAUCCUCGGAGCAAGUGCAGCCGUCAACAGUGGCGCCAGUGUCGACGUACAUCGUAGCCCAGAGUCCAGAAGUCCUGGCCCAGCUGCUGAAGGACAACCAAGCUCGGGGGGUAUGUCCCUCUGUGUACACGACGCCUGCCUCUGCCUUCAAUACGCUUGCGGUUCAAUUUCAAGACGAUCAGCAAGUUCUCACUACCGCUACUGUCACAGACUUGCCUUUCUUCGAUCCUCCAAACCCCCUCUCCUCCGACUCAACCCUAAGUAACAUUUGUUACAAUGAAUGCCCCUCUACUACGUCUAUCACAACUACUCACAAUGACUCAUCUAAUCAUUCUGAUGCUAAUUUAGAUUCUCUAGACUCUACUGAUACAAUGUCAUCUAUGAUAUCUAAUCUAAGUAUAACAGAUCCAAUACAAACACAAUCACCCGCUGUUAAUCGCAAACAAUCACUAAUUAAAGAGAUGCAAAAUUUAUACGCGGUUAGUUCAAAAGUGGUUGGUGGUAACGUCAUGUCUGGUGAUUUGUACUCCCCGGUACAAAAAUUUAAUGUUUCCGCGGCAAUACCAGUGCCCGUAGUGACCACCGUCGGUGAAAUUUACGGGCCCGUGACAAAUUUCACUCAGAGCUCCGCGAUUAUCGGUAAUUUUAGCCAAACUUCGAGUAUCAGUAGCAGUUACAGUGACAAUAAUACUGAUUUACUGAACAAUUCAGGGCCCAAUAGUUUGUCAAGUGUGUCAAGUCACCACCAAGUAUCGCCUAGUAUGAUGUCCUCGUCGAUAUCUCAGCAUGUUGCACAAAACUCAUCUGUUUUUACUGGACAAUUUGUCAAGUGUUCUUCCGCAGCUGCUGCAUUAUCGUCCCAGAAUGCUGUUGCGGUGUCUAUGGCGAUGCAAAGUGGCGGUCAGAACUCACCUGCAAUGUCCUCCUUUAUUAUUAAUAAUAAUAAAAAUAACGUUAUUGCUAGUGGUAGUAGUGUUGGUGUUGGUGUUGGUGGUGGUAGUGUUGGUGGAGGAACUAUUGUUAACUCGUCUUUGCCGGUCGUUUCUGGCGGUACCGAAUGUCUGUAUGGUCCUGUUUUAAAAUUUCGCGCACAAACUGCGCACAGCCAAAGCUGCGUCGAGCCCAAGUCUGCAACAUCUGCCGGCGCUGCUUUACCGUAUGCACAAAAUGCUUGCGCGCGUGUUUACAGUCCGACACCUGUGCAAAAUUAUCAACAGCAGCAGCAGCAGCAAUUGCAUCACCAUGUCCCAGUUCCGAGUUAUCAGCAGCAACAUCAGCAGCACCAGCCGCAGCAGUUCACUGUUAAUUAUGGGCAAGCCAAUCAACUUCAAGGGGUUCAUGAUAUUUCUAGAGCACAAUAUGUUGGAAACAUGCUUCCCAAUGUUAAUCAACAGCAGCCUGGUAUUAUUAAUUCAACUCAAUAUUCAGUACACGGUCAAAUAAAUGGUGUCGCUCCAACUUACACUGUCCAUGCGACACCUGCUAUGGCCGGUGGACAACAACCGCAGCAGCAUUUGCCUCAACAAGUUUUUGAUCAGCAAAUAAUUAUCCAGAAUUCAAAUUACGGGCAACCUAUCACACAAAACCCAGCUAAUCAGCAGCAGUACUCAGCUAUCGUUCAUUCAUCUCACCCGCAGUUCGCAGUGUCAAUGCAACCAAUUAAUCAGCCGCAGUACUCAUCAUCACCCAUCAAACAUGUGUCAUCUAUUUCCAACACUGCGACAGAUUACAAUCACCAGCAAAGUGCUAGCUGCUGUUCAGCAGCCCCAGGGCAAAACUCACCACAGACAGUAAUAAAUAAUACCGGAGCAUUGUCCCGAUCAAAUGCUGGCCCUCAACUGGCAACUGGGGUCGCCAAAAUAACAACAUUCGUUAAUUCAAAUCAAGAAGAACAGCUAGUGAGCUCAGUUGACGGCACACUGUCCAGUUCACUGAUUUCCUCAGCUGUGAGCGACAGCGUCAUGUCAUCCAGCGGGUCAUUACUGGAAGACGCGCAGCAAGAUCAGUUUCAGAGAAACGCUCAGUCACAAUUGUUCGAAAGUAUGACGGAUAAUGUUCAUAACAGUAUUGAUGAGGAGCAAAAAUUGUUGGAGCAACGGCUGUUUGAACAGCAGAGACAGUCAGAAGAGGACAGCCGAUGGCUUGCGAGAGAGGAAAAGCGUUUGUCUAUCGCUACAAGUGGUGAUGAAAGCGCUAGUCCACCAGUUCCACGUUCAAUGACUCAAUCUCCUAGUCAUGAGACUCAUAGUGCUAAUACAAGUUCAUUUGGUUCUGAUAAAAGUAGUGAUAAAGUAAUUAUUGUUAAGAAAAUGGAACCAACUCCAACUGCCGAUUUGGACAGAUCAAAUGACAAAGUUUACGACUGUACGACGAAUGUCGUACGUGCGGUGAUGUCAUUAUCGCAAGGAGUUCAGCAAAGUAAAGCCGAUCAGUAUUUAGAGUUAGUGAGAAGAGUCGGAGUUGAAUUACGAGCACUGCUUUCCUCAGUAGACGCUCUUGUUGAUGUAUUACCUGCUACAGCACACCGUCAAGUUGAAAUGGCUCACAAAGUUUUAAGCAAAGACAUGGCCGAUCUUGUCACUGCUAUGAAAUUGGCCCAGAAUUACAGUUCAACGACUUUGGAUGCUGAGUAUCGAAAGGGUAUGCUAUCAGCGGCUCAUAUAUUAGCGAUGGAUGCGAAAAAUUUGCUGGACGUGAUCGACUCAAUCCGUAUACGUUAUCCAUACGUAGAUAAUCAAAUAUGUGAGCGACAGCACGAGACAAUAAGUAAUUCACGUCAAUCAACGCCGGAACAUCAGCAUCUGAAUAAUCAGCAUCAGAAUCGUAUAAUUCGUUCAAGUCAGUCAGGUGAACAGUUACUGCUGAGACGCAGUCAAUCAACAGAAAGAUCUGACACGACAUCAUUCCGUCAGAGUCAAAGCGGCGAUGUGUUACACAGACUUGGACAAUCGGUAGACCGUUCACUGCCUGGUACACCAUCAGCAGCAGCUAAUGACAUUACCACUAACCCGAUGUCGAGUCUUGAAAGACGGCAUCGCAUGGUGACAAAUAGUCUAGAGAGAAAUUCAACAGCCACAAGAAAACAAAUUACGACAAAUAGUUUAGAGCGUAAACGACCUUCAAUACCGACGAUGUCAACCUCCAUGUGUACUACUUCAUCCUCGACCCACAAUUCCGUAAGUUUACCACCGAUUCCUGUUCCAGUUUCUUGCAAUGUCGUUCAAACAACGGCACCCAUUAUUCAUCCGAAUCAAAUGCUCACCAUGGACAUUAGUCAAUCUCCUAAAUUUACUAACAACAGUAAUGAUUUAGCUGAGACACAGGCCAACGACAGCUAACAAUUGAAUAAUUUUAUACUGCAUGAGACACUUGAUAACUUUGUCUAAUUAAGUCAUUCGUUUUAUCAUAUAGCCCGUGAUAAACAGUAUCAUUUAUUUAAAAUACAUAUAUCAUAUAUUUAGGACUUAGGAUAUAUAAAUAUAUAUUAUUCAUUAAUUCCAUAAAUAAAUUCAAUUACUUCAUAUGUAGCGACUGUAAAUAAUUAGUAGCUAUUUAAGUGAUCGAUUGCUAUCGUAUGUUUUGCGAAAUUAGGUUUUUUUUAACAGUGAGCCAUUGAUGCUUAUUAAUCUAUCAUUGUAAAAUUUUUUGUCAGUGUACUUACACAUUGGACAGUAUUUAAUAGGUGUAGCGUGUCAAUUUAUCAAUUGAAUUUAAAUAAAAAGGUCAACAAAAUGUACUUUGCAUAUUUAUGUUUUGUUUUAAUACGUCGUAAUAAGUGACAAUUAUUAAAUUAGAAUUUUUUUUUGUUUAUAAAUAGUGGGAGGAAUAAAUUAAUUUUUCAUGGUCAUCAAAUUGUAAAUUUUCAUCUGGGAAAAUACGAUAGGCUUUUUAGUUUUUUUUUUAUGAUACUGAAGUUAACCGACGGUUAAUAAUUUUUGGACUCUUUUAAAAACGAUGAGUUAUAAAAAAAAAAAUUGCGAAAAUUGCACCCAUAGCUUUUUUAAUUUUCUA